AGAAAUCCAACAUGGCGUCGCAGUAUUUUCAGACGAUGCAGGAAAGCUUCAAAAAUAACAAUAAAAGUCGUGAAUUUCAGGCCCAUUCUGCCAAAGUGCACUCUGUGGCGUGGAGCUGUGACGGGAGGAGACUGGCCUCAGGCUCCUUCGAUAAAACCGCUUCUGUUUUUGUCCUGGAAAAGGAUCGAUUGGUGAAAGAGAAUAAUUACCGUGGGCAUGGAGACAGCGUGGAUCAGCUCUGUUGGCAUCCCACAAAUCCAGAUCUGUUCGUCACAGCGUCAGGCGACAAAACUGUGAGAAUCUGGGACGUCCGCACCACAAAAUGCAUCGCCACAGUCAACACUAAAGGAGAGAAUAUAAAUAUUUGCUGGAGCCCUGACGGUCAGACAAUCGCCGUGGGAAACAAAGACGAUGUUGUGACUUUUAUCGAUGCCAAAACUCAGCGCUCCAAAGCAGAAGAGCAGUUUAAGUUCGAGGUGAACGAGAUUUCGUGGAACAAUGACAAUGACAUGUUUUUCCUCACCAACGGCAACGGCUGCAUCAAUAUCCUCAGUUAUCCGGAGCUGAAGCCGAUUCAGUCCAUAAACGCUCACCCCUCAAACUGCAUCUGUAUAAAGUUUGACCCGACUGGACGAUACUUCGCCAUCGGCAGCGCAGACGCUCUGGUCAGUCUGUGGGACGUGGAUGAACUCGUCUGUGUGCGCUGCUUAUCCAGACUAGACUGGCCUGCGAGGACUCUCAGUUUCAGUCAUGAUGGAAAGAUGUUGGCCUCCGCUUCAGAGGAUCAUUUCAUCGACAUCGCAGACGUGGAAACAGGAGAGCGGUUAUGGGAGAUUCAGUGUGACUCUCCCACCUUCACUGUGGCCUGGCACCCGAAGCGCCCCCUUCUGGCUUAUGCCUGCGAUGACAAGGACGGAAAAUACGACAACAACCGCGAGGCCGGGACCGUCAAACUGUUCGGGCUGCCCAACGACUCAUAAAAAACACAAACCUCCACCAGUGUGUAAAAUACAAGUGUUAAAUACGCAGUAACAUUGUCUCACCAACAGAGGACAUGCACACAUACCUUGUUGUAAUAUAUUGUUUUUUUAAUCUGUAAAAUAUCUUGUUUUGAUAAUAAACUUUACAUGUUUCUGUA